AUGGUUUCACCACGAUCACGACACCCAGCUACAAUGGAGAACCUCCCAGACGAAGUUUUGUCAGACAUAUUCAUCCGGUUAUUGGCAAAACAGCUUGCACAAAUGAGGUGCGUUUGUAAAGAUUGGAAUGCUCUGUUAUCUGAAUCCUCCUUUGUAAAAUCCCACCUCCAUCGUUCUGUGCAUAUCAACCAGAAGAUUCUUACGUUCUUCGGUGUUAGGGCUGACUGUACUUCAUUCACUGCAAGCCCCUUUUCUUCUCCCGCUAUCGAACUCGACAAUUUUUUCAAAUUCCCCGUUAAUCUCGAAUCUCAACCUGCACGUUGUUUUGGCAAUGUCGUUGGAUGUGUGAAAGGGUUAAUAUGUUUUAAGUAUGAAUUAGGUGAUGAUUAUAUCGUUUGUAUUCAGAACCAUUCUCUCUCCGCUUUCUUAACUCUUCCGCCAUGUUCCAUGGGGUCCUCCUCUGAAUCAAGAAAUACCAAUUUCCGGUUUGGGUAUGAUCCCAAAACUGAUGAUUACAAAGUGGUGAAGCUUACAGAGAUUUUCGAGCCACGAAGAAUGGCACCAGUUGAGGUUUAUAGCGUGAGAAAAGGUAAAGGUUCCUGGGAGUUGAUAUCUCAAAGAAUUCCGUCACACCUGCAAUGCAUUAGAGAUCAAGAUUUAGUUUGUGUAGAUGGGCGUGAAGGCCAUCUUCAUUGGCUUUGUUAUACUUAUAUUGGUGGGAAGUUGACACAAUUGAUAUUGGCAUUUGAUUUGGGUUCGGAGACAUUCAAGGAGAUACCUUUUCCAGAUUCUUUAAGAACAUGUUGCUUUGGAGACCGGUUGAAUGUGGUGGGAGUUUUGGGUGGAAAGGUUUGUGUGAUGUCAAGGGUAAGAGAUACUGAUUGUGAGGUGUGGGUGAUGGAUGAGUAUUCAUGGGUCAAACGUCAUGUGUUUUCCGGGUUUAGUGGUGGUGAUCAAAUAUUUCCAUGUGGAUUUACAUCAAGCAAUCAGUUUCUUUUUAGAUCUACGAAUGUACUUAAUCGUUAUGGUUUGUAUGAUCCAGUCACAGCCAAGACUAAAAACUUCAAGAUUCGUGGAAGAUCUUUUGGAUGUAAAAUUGUUGACCAAUAG